AUGCCUUGCAAUCCACCGAAGACUAACGCGGAUAAGAUGUGGCCGUAUGAUGAGUAUUAUCAUGGAGAAAGAGAUGAGGAGAACAGGAAGAAUGGAUUUGGAAACGUAUACUGGUCUUCAGCGGAGUUCCAAGACUCAUAUAGCGGGAGCAUGCUGCGCGACACGAUGCAUGGUGAAGGGGAAUACCGCUGGAGGUACGCAGGACCAGAGCAUGCAGCCACUACUUACGAAGGCAGGUUCUACAAUAACCGCAUGCAUGGUUAUGGAAUGAUGUCCUAUCCUGACGGACGGGUGUUCAGCGGUCUCUGGCAUAAAAACAUUCGCUGGGGUCCUGGAGUGGAGUCCCACGCGCGACUUCGUGAAGACGUGGGCCUUUGGCACGGGUACCAGCUCAUCAGGCUGGCGUGGCGGCCUCAUGUGCCCAGUGUUGCCAUCGACAUUAUGUCCACCCCAGUAGGAAUGAAUGUGGUGGCUUCUCAUCGAAAGCUGAUGGCUGCGAGUCCCAAAACUAUUGGUGAAGUGAACUCGGCACUAGAACUGUUAAAGCAAUAUGGAUCAGAUCCUCUAGCUGCAGCGGAGAAAUGGACCAAAUUGUAUCCGAAGAACUGCACAGACACAUACAGCCAACUGUGCCACGUCGCAGUGUUCGACCGGGCCUACUUUAACCACGAAAUCCCUUUGCUUAAUGAAGUUAGCUCUAUACCACAGGACCUUAAUGCUAGUCAAAGCAGCAAUGAAAGUGUCAAGGAAACCAAGACUUACUUUGCAUGGAACAAUAAUAAAGUUACUAUUCACAUGAUGAAGCACUGCUUUACACAUGAAGACCAGUGGCAUAAAUCUAGACUUAACAUGAAGCAUAUUUUGUCUGGACCGAGAACAAGCUUCAAGCAACCAGGCAAACAUGAAUUGGAUUGUAGGUGCUUACUAAUGGCAAGCUAUUUAGGACACAUCUCGAAUGUUGCUCAGCUUGUAAACGAGUAUGACGUCAUGCCCGAUGUCACUGAUAAUCAAGGGAAUUCUGCUAUAAUGUAUGCAGCUUGUGGAGAUCAACCAGAUAUAAUACAUUUCCUCGUGGAAGCGGGAGCUGAAGUUGACGCAUUCAAUGAUGCCUGUUGCACUCCACUGGGAAUCACUAUUUUAAGGUAUGCGUUGGAGAAGUGGAAUUUACCGUACCAUGUUAUGCUGCAAGCCAUUUUACCUCCACCUGCCUCAGGACCACCUCCACCGGAUGAAAAAAUACUCGAAUGGAAUAUAACUAGAGACCCGCAACAUACAAUGGAACGGACUGAAACGCAUAGAUCUCCCAGUAAAGUAAAUACUAAAUUAUCGCCUGCCACCACACACUCGAUAAGCGUUCAACAGCCGUUAGUAAAGAAAAAGUCCGAAAAAAAUGACUUGGAAACGAAUGCGACUCCCAAUACUCAUGAUGAUAAGCGUAUGUAUGAUAGCCUUAAUCUCGAAUACAUGAUAAAAGUCGCAGAAGCGUACUCAGUACUUUGUGAGGUGAACCCAGUACCGUACAUAUUUGAAGUUUACAAUAUGUGCAAAGAUGUAGAAGUGUUCUCUGGGGACGAACCAAAAAAAGUUGUUGAAAAACUUAUGAAGAAAUCACAAUCGAAAAAUAUAAAACAAUCAAUGAAACCUAGCAGAGACAUGAUGUAUCAGGAUCAAGAGGAUAAUCUGAUAGAUGCUAAAGAACAAAUGAAGCAAGAAAAGUUAUCGCGGAUCAUGGCGACAAUCACUCUGCUAAUGGCGGAUGGUGCGGACCCUCGUAUUAUUCGAUGUCCUCAGCCGCCACUGUUCAUGGCUGCGGUAGCCGGCUGUCCAGACCUCGUGCAAGACUUAGUGAAACAUGGUGCUGAUGUUAAUGAAGUUUAUCCUCAAGCAUACGAAUACUCGGCAUUGGACAUAGCUGUCAGCGCUCCGGUCAGUUACGAAAACUUGUCGGUGAUUCGUGCAUUACUGGAGUGUGGAGCCAAUCCAGACCACCGCCUAAAGAUCCCAGAAACAGCAUCACCAGCUUCACCCACUGCUGCAAGUACCACAUCUCCUGAAGUAAUCGAUGCUGGUCCAACUUUACUGCACGCAGUACUUUCAAAGAAAAUUGAUAUUGCCGACCCUGAUGAUACACAUUUGUUUGAAAUACGUGAUCAAAUGAUUGAAUUACUCCUCAAACAUGGCUGCAAUCCAAUAACCCAAUACAAUGGCGUCUCGGCUGUGGAUCUCGCUAUGAAUAAAUGUCUGGAACUAUUUGAUAUAUUCGUGAAAAGCCCCCGAACCGACCUGAAUGCAAUCAUCAAUGACUUAAAUCAGACUAUACUGGUGAAGAUGUUCUAUUUACCCUUCUGCAAGGGGCUCCCUUUAACGGAACGAUUACAGACGUUGACAAAUCUGCUGCUCUAUGGUGCAGAUCCAUUGCUGAAAUGCCAAAAUGGAACAGAAGAAUAUGGGAAUCUGUUUGUCUUUGCAAGAAAAAUGUUAAGUGAUGUAGAAACAACUCGGAAAUCAGUCAGUCCAGCAGCAGUAAAGAAGUCUAAGAGCGAUGCGAAAACUAAGAAGGACAAGAAGGACAAGAAGGACGCUUCAUCAAAACACGGUUUGUUAAAAACCAGUGACGACAAUCAAGGAGAUUAUAAGCAAGCCUUGGAACUGGUGGUUGACUGCGCCAGGCUACUGUACAUCCGAUGGAUACAAGCUAAACUCAUGAAGGAGCUCAUUGAUAUUGUUAACAAGUAUCGCCAUCGUUCAUGGAACAUGAUAAUAAAGGAACAUAAAAACAAAAAGUGCACAGGGCUCUGGCUGACUGUUGUCCGUAGCCUCGAAAUUUGGGACGUUUUAAAAACAUCAAAGAAAAAGCUUUACAAUGAUGAAAAAAUCCUGAAACAAGUCCUAUGUAUUAUUCAUUUUUACUAUAAAAGGACGAGGAAGAUUAUACGCAUGCCUUUGACGUUCCAAGAUAAAGAAAUAAUAGACCGUGAAGUAGCCACUUUAAUUCAUGAACAUAAGUUGGCUACAAUUUCGACGCCGGACAUGGUUCCUGCUAUACGACCUUAUGUAGCUCCAGAACUUACCGUAAAGGGGAUAGAGAAGUUCAACGUUUGUUUUGAAUGUGCAUUGCCUUUACAAGAUUCAAAAAUCAUAUGCGGCUCAUGUAAAUUAAUCGAUUUUUGCUCUGUGGAUUGCAUUGCACGAAACAUUGAAAGGAUUAAUUGCCAUCCAUGCAGCAGCUUUUUGAAACACAAAUACUUCCCCACACCAGAACCUACGGUAACUGAGACUGCAGAAGAUUCUGAAAACAAAACAUAA